AUGCCCUCUCGCUGCAGGAAUGCGCUGAACAUUGUGGUCACCACCCUUUUUGCUGCGGUGGUCCUCUUCACCAUCCUGUUGGCCUACGUCACAGGUUACCAGUUCAUCCACACCGAGCAGCACCACCUCUCCUUCGGCCUCUAUGGUGCCUUCCUCUCCCUCCACCUCUUCCUCCAGAGCCUUUUUGCCUUCCUGGAGCACCGUCGCAUGAGAACCCCCUCCCGGCCGCAACACCUCCGUCGCACAGUGGCCCUCUGCAUUGCUGCCUACCAGGAAGACCCGGACUAUCUGAGGAAGUGCCUGCGCAGCAUCAGACGGAUCUCCUUCCCUGGGCUGAAGGUGGUGCUAGUGGUGGAUGGGAACCGGCCGGAGGACCGCUACAUGAUGGACAUUUUCCAGGAGGUGAUGGGCGGGGCUGACCAGGCGGGUGCUAUGGUGUGGAAGGGAAACUACCACAGUGAUGGGAGCGGAGGUGGAUGUGUAGAACGGGGAGGGAGGAGCACGGUGCACAUGGAGGAGGCGCUACGAGUGGCUCGAUUGGUCAGAGGCUGCCGCUACUCCUGUAUCAUGCAGGAGUGGGGAGGGAAGAGAGAGGUGAUGUACACUGCCUUUAAAGCGCUGGGGGAAAGUGUGGAUUAUGUACAGGUGUGUGAUUCAGACACUGUUUUAGACCCAGCAUGCACCAUGGAGAUGCUGAAGAUUCUUGAGGACGAUCCAAUGGUUGGAGGGGUUGGUGGAGACGUUCAGAUCCUUAACAAGUAUGACUCCUGGAUCUCCUUCCUCAGCAGUGUGCGCUACUGGAUGGCCUUCAACAUUGAGCGGGCCUGCCAGUCCUACUUUGGAUGCGUCCAGUGUAUCAGUGGCCCUCUAGGGAUGUACAGGAACUCAUUGCUGCAGCGCUUCCUGGAGCCCUGGUACCACCAAACCUUCCUGGGCUCUAAGUGCAGCUUUGGCGAUGACCGCCACCUCACCAAUCGUGUGCUCAGCUUUGGCUACAAGACAAAAUUCACGGCCCGAUCUCAGUGCCAGACUGAAACACCAACCCAGUACUUGCGCUGGCUCAACCAACAGACUCGAUGGAGCAAGUCUUACUUCCGUGAGUGGCUCUACAACGCCCUGUGGUUCCACAAGCACAGCCUCUGGAUGACCUACGAGUCUGUAGUCACUGGUUUCUUCCCUUUCUUCUUGGUUGCCACAGUCAUCCAUCUCUUCUACCGUGGAAGGUUGUGGAACAUCCUGCUCUUCUUACUGACGGUCCAGCUGGUUGGGAUGGUGAAGGCCACCUACGCCUGUUUCCUUCGUGGCAGUCUGGUCAUGAUUUUCAUGUCACUGUACUCACUGCUCUACAUGUCCAGCUUGCUCCCUGCCAAAUUAUUUGCCUUGCUCACCAUCAACAAGGCUGGAUGGGGCACAUCAGGACGCAAGAAGAUUGUUAUCAACUUCAUUGGCGCAGUGCCUGUCACAGUGUGGGCUUUGGUGCUGCUUGGGGGUGUGGUGUAUACAAUCUACUGUGAAACCCAGGAGCCAUUCAGUGAGACAGAGAAAGCCUUAUUGAUAGCGGGGACGAUACUCUACGCUUGCUACUGGCUCAUUCUGUUGGUGCUCUACUUGGCAAUCGUAGCCAAACGAUGUAACAAGCGUGAAGAGCAGUAUCACCUACCAUAUGCAGAGGCAUAAACCCAUUCCUGGAAGCUGAUAGAACUUCUGAGCUGUGUUUCUCUGCGGUGUGAUUCUAGCAGGGUCUCUGUUGACUUUGAACUGCUCAAGUGAACAGCUCACAUCUUCAUCACUGGUGCUACAGAGGUGUGACACUGAUAUGGGAGCAGAGGGAAUUGGAUUCAGUUGGGGGACUAUCCAAGAUGACUGGAUCCAUACAACAACUCCCAUUUGUAUCAGGCUCAAUGGUGCUUCAUAUUGAAAAUUCAAACAGUACUGGUCCAAUUAAUAAAGUGCUCACACACUUGUGAUUGUGAAAUGCUGAGAAGAACAUUAGGUAGUUUGUGGGUACAGGUUGUGAUGAACCAACAGUGAUGGAACAAGCAGUAUGAUGCUAAAGUAGGACAAGGGCAAAAAGGAGUCAUGAUGGUACAUUAUUCAUUGGUCAGUUUUUAAUGUCCUUUGUUUUAAUGAAGAUGAGAUGGACUCAAUUAUUGGCAAUUAUUGGCAACAUUAAAAAGUUCAUUAAAUAGUCAAUGCUAUGUUUUCCAAAUAAGAUUGAAAUUCAUAUACUAAGUGCUCAGACAG